AUGAAGCGGGUUUCUAGAAUUGUGCCUUCGUUGUUGCUGCAGGUGGGAAUUCUGCAGACAUGUUUCGCCGCAGAUGUUUCCCUCCAUGACGGUACAUGGCAGCCCGAAUAUGUGCUGGUUGCUACAUCACAAGACAUCACAGUCGACUGCCAGCAGAGGUACUCAGUCGUGUUCAAUGGCACUUCUCCCGGGCCUCCCCUAUACCUCAAAGAAGGCGAAACCACCUGGGUCAGAGUCUUCAACGAGAUGACUGACCUGAAUCUGACAGUGCACUGGCAUGGACUCACCAUGCGGACAGCACCCUUCUCAGAUGGGACGCCCUUGGUGUCGCAGUGGCCCAUAGGACCGGGCGAUUACUUUGACUAUGAGAUCCAUCCCGAAGAUGGUGACGCCGGCACUUACUUCUAUCACUCUCACAUUGGGUUCCAAGCUUCAACCGCCCACGGAAUCCUCUUCGUCGAAGAUCGUGAAGCACCACCGUACCAAUAUGACGAGGAUAUCCCGAUCAUGCUCGGGGACUUCUGGAAUAAGACCGACAAAGUAAUAGAAGAUGGUCUUAUGGCGGUACCCUUCGAGUGGUCAGGCGAACCCAACUGUCUGACUCUCAACGACCGCUCAGGCACCGCUUCCUUCGACGACGCCGCCGACGACUCCUGUAAGCCAUAUGUCAUUACGGUAGAGCCAGGCAAGACAUAUCGCCUCCGGUUCGUCAAUGGUGCUGCCUUGUCUUUCUUCGAAGUUGGUAUCGAGGAUCAUACCAAUUUGACGGUGAUCAGUGCCGACGGAUACUACACAAAGCCAGCCACUACGGACCACAUUCAGAUCGGAUGCGGGCAACGGUUUGACGCGCUUCUGACGGCGAAGUCUGAGGCGGAGUUGAACGGCAAGGACCAGUACUGGAUUCGAUACGAGAGCCGAGGACGUCCAACUGAACCGGGAGGAUACGCCCUGUUGCAAUACGACAUAUCUGCUGCCACAAACAGCACCAAGCGGAACUUAGGCCCGAAACAUGGGGGUGGUGGCGGAUUCGGAAGCGGUGUGCCCUUCAAGUCACCGGGAAAGAACCCCGAUACGCCUCCCGUUACAUUACCCGCGGACGGCGAUUUGACACAGUGGUUGGAGUACACACUCGAGUCGUUGAACCUCGACGAUACCUUCCCGACCCUCGACGAAGUGACGCGUACAAUCUUCAUCACUGUGAGCCAGGAUAUAAUCAAUGGGUCGUAUGUGGAUGGGUCGGUCACCGGAUCAUUGGUGUGGGAGCAAAACGAUAUAUCUUGGACCGAGCUAGAGGCCGAUGCGCUGCAUUACGCUCCCUACCUGGUCCAAGCCUACGUGACAGGUAAGACGCCCGACUACGACGCAGCAGUGCUCAAUCAAGGCUGGGACCCGAAUACAAGUGCGUUCCCGGCCAAGGUCGGAGAGACGCUGGACAUUGUAUGGCAGAGCAACUCGGGCCCCACGGGCGGCUUUGACUACCACCCGAUGCACGCGCACGGCGAACACUAUUGGGACCUGGGUUCCGGCAAUGGCACCUACGACGCUGUGGUUAACGAAGAACAUUUCAAGAAUUACACGCCGGCCAAACGCGAUACCACGAUGCUCCACCGGUACACCGCCAAGGGUGAGGCCGAUACCACGGCGGGCUGGAGAGCAUGGCGUAUACGAAUUACGGAGGACAACGUCGGUGCAUGGAUGAUGCAUUGCCACAUCUUGCAGCACAUGGUCAUGGGCAUGCAAACGGCCUGGGUGUAUGGCGACGCAGCCUCGAUCCUCAAAGAGAUCCCGGAACCGUACAUCGCGGGCUAUCUCACCUACGGUGGAGACGCCUACGGAAACGACACGUAUGACCCGUUGGUCUUGACGUACUUUGACGAUGAAUCGUCGACUUGA